CUCAAAUUUGAUGCAUCGUAUAAACACUAAUCACAAUCACUUAAAUUAUGGGCUAAACAAUUUAUUCACUGAUUAGAGCUCAUAAAUUCACUUCAUUUAAAUUAAAGUACUAUUCCCACUAAACAUCAAGAUGAAAGUUGUUUAUAUCAUUCGAAAAUUAACGGUUAACUUUAUUUUUCAAUUAUUUGUUAAUUCCAUAACACUAUAUGCUACAUACGGACAGAUUCAAAUGGAGUUAACCGAUUCGAGUGGAAUGAAUUCUGGGAUGGGAUAUACUAAUGUCGUGCCUGGUGAUUCUAUUCAAGUUACUCAAAUGGGUACAAACGCAAUAACUACACCUGAUUCAUCUCAAGUACCAACACCUGUUCAAAGUACAGUUUCUGUAAGUGCAGAAAAUGCAGGGGGUGAAGAUUUUGCAGCUGGAACUCGAAACUCAAAUAUCCAACCAGCAUCUUCAGUUGUUGGAAUCUUCCCAUCAUAUCGUCCGCAAUAUGGAUUUCCAGGUUAUUUUCCUACUGUUCCCCCAGGGAAAGCAAUUGUACCCGGUAUCAGCUCACCAUCAGACAACAUAAUUGUUGCUUCUUUCCCUGGGGGUACUCCAUCUGUCACACAGCCAGGAAAUGCUGGAUUUCCAGGUGGAGUUUUACCAGUUACACCAGGAGUAAAAUCAGGGUCUUCAGUUUCUCCAACUGCCACACUUACUCAGCAAACUGUAGAAUCUGUUUUGUCAUACCUAGCCUUACAUCAUCCGGAAAUAUUUCGUAAAUAUUUAUAUCCUAAGCCCUAUCAAAGGCCGUAUAUCGGUAGUUAUGUUCCAAGAUGGUUGAGAGAAAUUCCACCUCCGUACAAAUAUGGUGAUGAUGGAGUUAAUCAGCCAUAUGGGGACGCCUAUCAACCUGAUCCUUAUGAUUACUUUGAUCCAGUUGAUUCAGACCUACACUAUUGGCCAAGAAGAAAGAAACCAUUGGGUGGGCUAAGACGUAGGAGACGAUACAACAUAUAUAGACGUUUUACCUAAAAACAAAUUUUAAUAGUACUUUUUGAGCGUAUACUUUAAAAUAUGUGCACAAUAAAACCGCUGUAUUCAGUGUACUCGCUACUCGUUGCGUUACUGCAGUUGACUUGUUUUCUUUUCUUCCCCUCAUAGCUAUAAUUGCUUUUAUGUUUCUUCGAACUUUUCGUUCUGUUUUGUGUCUAUGAAUAUGUGGUUUGUCUUUUAAUUCUUGCUGGGCGGUGUAAAAUUUGUUGGUUCUUUUUGCACUUAUAUUUAUCUAGUUAGUCAGGUGAGUAAAUUUUAAUAGUCGUUCCUUUUACCCAAGCCAUUAAUUUCCAGAGUAAAACACCCUGGUGGCUCAAAGUCUGUUGUUCAAACUGAUGAUAGCGUUAGUAUGUUGUUCCAGUAACUUUCAGACGAGUCAUAUUCCAUGAUCAGUUUUAAUAGGUUUUAACUCGGUAUUAGACCGAAAAACUCCAUUUUUAUGUUGGGAUUUUGUUGCCAAAUUCGUAGGUGUUAUCCGGUAUUUCGGGUGUUCCCAGUGGUGAAUAAUCGUCUUCAAUGUGGCAGAUCAAAUAUGUCAUUAUUUGAAAAUAGUAAUAGAGAUUAGAUAAACUUUGUAAAAUUUCUCUGCUACCGUUCUCAUUCCAUCACGUCAUAUCCAGUAAUAUGAGGUUGGGUAAUUAUCCAAUAUCGUAUUUUAAAAAUCGAUGUUAAAGGACCCUCUCAAAUUGUUAACAGGUGUAAAGUGCUUUUAGUUGCCAGGUUGUCUGAGCACGUAACCAGUUUAACUAUUGUCAGUUUUGUGUAUUUAGCAUUCAGCAUAUUACUUGCAAGUAUCCACGUUUUUAGGUAGUUCCCAAGAUCACGAUCUCUCAGAAAAUGGCAUUUAGUUGUAUCUAUUUCCCGUCGUACUAUGGUUAUGUUAAUCGUACGUAACAACUGGAAGCAUUCAUGUGAACUUCCCGCCUACAAGUCUUCUUUGUCUUAAGGCUAGACACCUCGGACUCUCAGCUUACACGAAAGAAGUGAUUUUCAGGCGUAUAUCUGUUUAGGACUGUAUAAUAAGUUUUGCUCAUAUCAUGUUUACCAGAAGGAACAGCACAAAAUUUCUAUUUUCAAUACGCAAGUGUUUGUGCCAGUAUCCUCGAACUCCACUUUAAUCAUACAUAGAACGUUCGGCACAUGAGCUCUUUUAUCAUUAGAUUUGCUUCCGAUUUCCAAAGUCUUCAUAAUAAUUCUCAGACCUAAUUUGGAUUUUGCGUUAUCACAAUUUCCUUCAGGGAUUGGAACUUUGUAUAUCAUCGAAACUUUCAUAGGUCUGUUACGUGCCCUAUAACAAUGCUUUUUAUAUGUAUGAAAGCCUGUAAACAGUAAGAAAUAAAGCAGUUACUGUAGCGAGUUCUCAUUGAUUUUUCGUGAAUAUUAAGAUAAAAUUUUGCAGGUUUCAAUAGUUUGAGAUAGUUCGUUAGAUGAUUUCCGAAUAGAUGCAUAAGUAGUGAGCAUUAAAAAUAGAGAAUUAUUUGAAGACUGAGCGGAUGUGAGCACAAAUUGAAAGCUCCAGAGGCUGUUCCCCGCUAUUUUGUCUCAGUCGAUCAGACAUUACUGUAUCCUGACCACUACAAGUCAUAUUUUUUGGGGUUCCGAAAUUGAUAUAUGCUUCGUCUUUAAGACACCUAUCGUAGUGUGGUCCUUCACUUAACGUAGUUUAGUUACUAUAAAGAGCCAACACAAUAUACCCUUCUUGUAUCUGAACACGUGACAAAAAUUUCUCGUGGCCUUGAUAGUGCAAAUAUAGCAUCAAGUCUGAAGACAGAACAAAUACGUCUUGUCUAGAUCCCUGUCGAUAGUCGCUUAUGCUCCGUCUGUCGCAAAUAGUACGGUGAAAACUUGAAAAGACAGACAUGUCAUUACCUCUUUAUCGUCUCUGUCUGUGUCCCCACCGACUGCAAUAAGUGAGUUUUACUAAAGAGCAUUAGAACCUACGGAAAAACUAGGCUCUCGGAAUUGGUGAUCUUAGCAAAUGAUUUUAACGUCCAUGCCAUACUGAAAAAAUGAUUAGUUUGGUCUCAUAGUGUUCGCGGUCAGUAAGCAAUUAAUGAUGACCAUCUGCUGCAAUUGUCCUCAGAUAAUCUAUUAUUCCUAGCAAGUACAAGCCUUUGGCAUAGAGGGAGAUAUUAUUUCAUCUGGAAGCCCGAAAUAUUAGCACAUCACUGGACGCAUUCGAUUGCUAUCAACCGUCUUUGGACAGGCUUUGUAGAUUUUCACUCCUACAGUAUCCGGAUAGACUCCGAUCAUGCCAUAGCCAAAACACGUAUUUCUAUGCAUUUUUACUGGAUAUAGGCAAGUCAAAACAGAAAGAUCCUUCAGAUAUCAAUCCGGAAAUGUGAAUGUUAGGCAUGCAUUCAGGAAAGAAUUUGCUUAGCAUCUCGUCGAUCGUAGAAAAACGGUUCAUCCUGAAAAAGCUUGGGUAAAUGCACAUCUAGCUGUAAAGAUAGCAGUGGCAUCUACCAACAGCUCAUAUCAAAAGGUUGCGAAAGAUCUUUGGACUUUAGUAUCACCUACUGAAUUUAUAGAUGUUCGAAAACUCACCUAGCUAGGCUCGAAGAAAAACGAAGAGUGGCGAUAACUUAAGCGUAAACUAACAGGACGUUUUACAGAUUAUCGCGGUCAGUGGUGAAUGAUGAAUCCAAAAGGGAUAGAAAAGGAAGGGACUAUACAUAAUAUUAGGCAACUAUUCCGAUUGAUCAAGAAAACAGGUAUUAGGACUAUCGGAAAAAGACGGUUCCUCUUUACUCCCUGUCUAGGAGAUUAAACCUAUGAGGAAAACACUUUGAGGAACAGUCCAACUAGCCUCCAGUUACCCGAUAUCUCCAAACAACUUGAAUGGGAAAUCGACACAAGUCUUUCAACUCUUAAUGAGAUUGAAAAGGCUAUAUCCAUUUUAAAGCUGAAGAGAGCAGUGUACCAUGAUGGAUUAACUCCAGAGAUAUUCACAGGUGGUUUUUCAGUUGUAGCGAAUAAGAUGUCUAAGAUAAUAGCUAGAUUUCGGGAAAUAGAUGUAAUCCUAUUUAACUAGUAUCGAUGACUGAUCGUCCCAGUUUUUAAAAGAGUGCAGAAAUCGUCUCAUAACAAUCAUAUAGGAAUCAGUUUGACCAGUAUAGUAUCUGAAAUACUAGUCUCCAUGAUUAGCAGACGCUCAACUAGCGCUCGUGAAGAACGACCCUGGGAAGAACAAUCUGGUUUCAGACAUGAACGUGGAUGCAUUGACCAAAUUUUUGUUCUCCAUCCGAUUUUAGAAAAUAAGUUUAUUUACCGACGCCCCACUUUAGUUGUACUUUUCGACGUUAAGGUAUCGUUCAAUUUCGUUGACCAGAUGGUUUUACGGCAAUUUUUGUUAUUGAAAAGUCUCCCAAAUAAACAAAUACAUUUAAAGGCUGUCUACUCGAAUUAGUCGUCCAAGUUAUAAAUCUUCAUCGACUGAAGUGGUUGGUACAUAUAUUACGUAUUCUUUAUGCACCACUUGCUUCGACAAGGGAUGUUAGCUGAUUUAUGAGUAGGUUAGUAGAAAGCUAAGGGUGACUAAAUCAAGAAAUAAAGUCUAUGACUGUUGAUUUGAGGCAUGUAGGUAGUUGCAGACUACUUUCUUGGGUUCCAUGAGUUAACUGUGAUCAGUAGUUGAAGACGUUAGGUGAAUUCCCUUAGAAUCGUUCAUGACCACACAACCCAUUCACCCUUUAUCUUCCUCCAGAUCUUUAGUCCCGAAAUUUUUUUAUGUAUAUGCCUUUUAGUUCUUUAUUUUUAAAUCAUUCUCAAUGUUUAGUCUCCUAGUACUACAUUAUUUUGAUUCCUAUGAUACUCAUCUUGUUAAUUUCAUCUCGUGCUAAUGCAGUAUGGUAAAGUGGUGUGACGUACACUUAUGCCAAACCCUAUGUUAAUGAUGACCAUCUACCGACUGGCACAUGAUUAUAAUAGGGAGCAUUAUAAUACCCACAAAAAUAAGACUCCCCAGCAAACCCUUUUUCUUGAUGCUCAUAUUGUCAUUUAUUUAAUGAUAAGUACUUGCAUUUGUAGUACUCCAGAUAGUGAUUAGUAUUUUAUUUCACCUCAUCAAAGUGGAUAUAACUAAAUUCAUUUCAGCUCCUUUGUCACUUGGUUCAGUGACGAAUUUCCAGGCUCUGUUUAAUAAACUCUUGGCCGAUAUAAUCUACAACGGCUACUGUUUUUUGGAUAUAAAGAUCUUUUCAACAUUUACACAUCCCAAGCAUUUUUACAAACUUUUUAUCGUCUGGGGAUUAUAAAAAAGUAUGUUAAAAAUUACG